AUGUCCUUAGCUCGCUUUCGUGCGGUGCCAGGUCGCGUCCACUUGUUCAAUCUCUCCCCUGCCGCCAACUCUCAACAUAAACAAAAACGUGUCGGACGUGGCCAGGGCUCCGGAAGAGGCGGGACGUCAGGACGAGGACACAAGGGCCAGAAAGCGCGCUCAGGCAAUGGGAAGCCUAAGGCUGGCUUCGAGGGCGGUCAGACACCCAUCACAAAGCUUAUCCCGAAGCGAGGCUUCGUCAAUGCGGAAGGGAAAACUUGGGCACCCGUCAACUUGGACCGGAUACAACAUUGGGUAGACCAAGGCCGUCUGACGUCCUCACCAGAAAAGCCAAUCACUGCCCGAGAACUGCUGUCAAGCGGUUGCAUCCACAACGUUCAUGACGGCAUUAAGCUGCUGGCCAACGGCGUGGAGCAUCUCAAGACUCCCAUCCACAUCACACCGUCGCGGGCGUCCCAGAGCGCCAUCCGCGCCGUUGAGAAGAUCGGAGGGACAGUGAUAUGCAAGCAUUACAAUGCUCUCGCUUUGCGCGACUGUGUACACGGCCGGACAGACAGGACAGAGGCAGCCCCUACAAAUCGUAGAGACAUUCUCUGGUAUACAUCGUGGAAGAACCGCGGAUAUCUCUCACCUGUAGCCAUCAAGACUAUGCCGGCUGUCGAGGAGCGUCGGAAGGUGUUGUCUGAGCAGCUCACGAAGUACAAGAAGCAGGCAUUUGUGCAACAGAAGUAG